GCUUGCUGCGCCACUCCAAACCCAACCCAAAACCCCCACACGAGAUCUGCGCAGCAAUGGCGACGCGGUGCCACGUCCUGCUCCUCCUCGCCGCCGCCUUCGCGUCCCUCCUCGCGCUCGUGGCCGCGGAAGGGGGCGAAGAGGGGCCCCGCGGGCGCCGGCUGCUCGUCCUCCUGGACGACCUGGCCGUGCGGUCGUCGCACUCGGCCUUCUUCGGCUCGCUCCAGGCGCGUGGGUUCGAUCUCGACUUCCGCCUCGCUGACGAUCCAAAGCUCUCGCUCCACCGCUACGGCCAGUACCUCUACGACGGCCUCGUGCUCUUCGCCCCCUCCACACCACGUUUUGGUGGAUCAGUGGACCAGAACGCAGUCCUCGAAUUUAUUGAUGCUGGGCAUGACAUGAUCCUGGCGGCAGAUUCCUCUGCCUCUGAUCUCAUUCGUGGCAUUGCAACAGAGUGUGGGGUUGAUUUUGAUGAGGAUCCAGAGGCAAUGGUUAUUGACCAUAUGAACUAUGCCGUCACAGAUGUUGAAGGUGAUCACACCUUGAUUGCUGGUGACGAUCUUAUCCAUUCGGAUGUGAUACUAGGGUCUGAAAAGAUUGAGGCUCCUGUAUUGUUUCGAGGAAUUGGACACAUGGCUAAUCCAUCAAACAGUUUGGUUCUGAAGGUUCUAUCAGCCUCUCCAUCAGCAUAUUCAGCUAAUCCAAAGACUAAGUUAGCGUCUCCUCCAUCGCUCACUGGGUCAGCUAUAUCAUUGGUUUCGGUUAUGCAGGCAAGAAAUAAUGCUCGGGUGCUGUUAUCUGGAUCACUCGAUCUGUUUAGCAACCGGUUCCUGAAGUCUGGUGUUCAAAAGGCUGAUAGCAAAACAAGAUAUGAGAGAGCUGGAAACGAGCAAUUUGUGGCAGAGAUAAGCAAAUGGGUUUUCCAUGAGAGGGGACAUCUAAAGGCUGUUAAUGUUAGGCAUCACAAGGUUGGGGAGACCAAUGAACCAGGCAUGUACCGCAUUAAUGAUGACCUGGAAUACUCUGUUGAGAUCUAUGAAUGGUCCGGAACAAGCUGGAAGCCGUAUGUUGCUGAUGAUGUGCAGCUUCAAUUUUUCAUGAUGAGCCCUUACGUUCUGAAAACUAUGUCGACUGACAACAAGGGUUUGUAUUCAACAACCUUCAAAGUUCCAGAUGUUUAUGGAGUUUUCCAGUUCAAAGUUGAGUACCAAAGACUGGGAUAUACUGGUCUGUCUUUUACAAAGCAGAUUCCAGUACGUCCUUACAGACAUAAUGAGUAUGAGAGAUUCAUAACAUCAGCGUACCCAUACUACACCGCCUCAUUUUCAACAAUGGGUGCUUUCUUCGUAUUCUCGUUUGUGUACCUGUACCACAAAUAAAGGACUCAUGGGAGCGCACAAGUCUCUGGAGGCUGACGUGACCAAGAUCUGUGGGCACUGAAUGUUGUGCUAUAAGCCAAGAGUUACCCGGCGCCAAUUUUAUGGAACCAUGUUUUUGUACUGCCAACUUAGAUAACAUUUGACGACCGUGACCGCACUCAUGGGAAAUUUACUCGUGCUAGGAUGUUCGAUCUGCCCCCACUUCUUUUUUUUCUUUCUUGGACCCUUUCUGAUCAGCACUUGUCAGAACGUUUACAGUCUAUAGCACUGAAACGUGAUUUUGGAAGUACUACACCCCCAGUAAUUUUGC